AAUUUCAGGAUACUCCCUAGUGGUAAUUAAUUGUAAAUCGAGAUUUUUGGAUAAAGUGGCUAAUCCACAGUUGAAUAAUAUUCGCUUGAAAAGGUGAAAAGUGAUUGUUCCUGUGAAGCAAACCUCUUACUGAUAAAAAUGUGAAUUUUAACUAAUUUUGCUUAUAAAUUUAAUAUCCAAGAAUUUAAUUUAAUAAAAUGCUCAAUGUCAGUUUUAAUGGAAAUUGGGAAAUUGUGUGGUAUUAAGAAAAUUUUUAGGCGUGACUCAGAGAUUUACUAUCGACCGUGCAAGAGUGCGCGUUGCGACUUGUUAUCGAUAUUAAAAGUGUUCUUUUGAGUAGAAGUGUAUGUGCGCAUGAUAAGAUAAAAUUGAGGCGAUAACAUUGUUAAUAAAUGCCAACAAAGGUGGAAGAAUACGUGCAAUUGACUAAGCAUGUGGAAAACAUUGAUGUUGCGGCACAGCCAUCCAAAAUGAGGCCAUUUGGGUACUUCAUGCCGGCCCUCAUCACCGUCAUGUCUAUCUUCAAACAUUGAAAAGAACUGGCGGACUUUGAAAAGAUGAGUGAUGGACCAAAAAUUUCUGUACAAGACUUGAUUCGGGAUGCAGGUCUAGAUGGAGGAAAAGAGUAUAUGCAUUGCUACGUUGCUGAGAGCGUAGGCAAUGAUGCCGAAUCGCAAUCACCAAGAGUCAUAGUCGGAUAUUCGAUUUGCUUCUUUUCGUAUUCAACGUGGGAAGGGAAAUCAUAUUUCCUUGAGGACAUCUACGUUCAGCCGCAAUAUCGUAAAUCUGGUGUCGGUCGGUUGCUAUUCAAAUAUGUCGCAAAAAAGGCACGCGAAUAUAAUUGUCCUCGAUUAGACUUUCAUGUUUUAGACUGGAACCCGGCUCGACAAUUUUAUGAGAAAUUAGGAGCAACAGAUCUGACAUCAAAAGAAGGUUGGUUAUUUUAUAGAAUGAAUACAACCCAAAUGGAAGAAUUGUUGAAAGAAUAAUAAAUGGUAGAAAAAUUAUUAAUUUAAAA